AUGCCUCCGACGCUGAAAGUCGCCGUCAUCGGCGGUGGCCCAGCCGGCCUCGUCACGCUUAAGUAUCUCGCUACCGCGCACCAAUACUUCCACAUUCCACCCAUCGAAGUUUUGCUCUUCGAUGAAAAUCCCGUCCUCGGAGGAACAUUGCUUCGUCGAUCCACCGAAGCAACCAGGCUGGUUUCUUCAAGGUACCUCAUGUGUUUCUCGGAUUUCCGCUUCAUUGUCGACAACGAUGACGACGGCUACCAUCUCGAAAACGAAUUCCUUACCGUGCCACUUUACGCCCAGUACCUUCGCCGUUACUGCAACCGGUUCAACCUUGGAAGACACUUAAGGUCUGGUACCAGAGUUUACAAUAUCGAACGACUACCCAAUGGGGACCAUGUUGUCAGAUACGAGUGGCAUACACAGGGCUCUCGGGAAACGGGCGAAUGGGCGUGCGAUGCUGUUGCAGUCUGUACCGGACUCAAUCACACCCCCCACAACGCCCAGGUUCUUGGCUUGGAGAGGUUUGGCAGAACCGGCGUGAAUCGCGUCAUACACUCCAGCGAGUUCACGCACACACGCUUGUUAAACCGUGCGCGGACGGUGGUGAUCCUCGGUGCCGGGGACUCGGCAAUGGACAUUGCCUACCUGGCCGUCAACUAUCCAACCGUCAAAAAAGUGAUCGUGUGCCACCGCAAUGGGUUUUCCGUCGCCCCCAAGGUCGUCCCCGAACCCAUCUUCCUGAAGCGGUUUGGGAAGCCGUCAGCCGGUAAGCCACCCAACAAGCCCCUCGACACCGCUACCGCUAGCCUCUUCGACACCAUGUACGUGCCGGCGCGUCUCCAGAGAGGCAGGCUGCUCUGGAGCUAUUACGACAAAUUCAUGAAGUUUAUGUUUUUCCUGGUCUCCGGUACCAGUGCCGGCAUCGAUCAAUGGGCUGGAGGCCUACACAAGGUCGAAUAUUUUGCUGACUCGGUUUUCUACGUCAUGUCUGGAAUGGCCAUCCCAUACAUCUCCGCUCGGCACCGGGGCAAGCCGUGGCGGGUUUUCAACAAGAUCCGCAGCUUCUUCAUCAACAUUCCGAUUCCUGAGACCGGCGACCGGGCCAUUCACCUGGCUCCGUGGCCAUGGGGAAUCAAUAUAGAUGGACGACUCCUAUUCCGCGGAGACAACCAACCCGGGUAUGGCCACUGGCAAAAUGAGCAGGUCAUGGCAGACGUUUACCCCACGCUGGACCAGGCAGUCAAUCGGGGCAUAUACAGACACAUCGCAGAGCAGUUUGCUUACAUUGGGUUUGUUCGUCCUAGCAUCGGAGCCAUACCUGCACUAGCAGAGCUACAAGCCCAGCUCUGGAUAUAUCGAUUGCUAAGGUACAGAUAUGUCGACAAGCUGUCUACUCGUCUCACACCCUCGGGGGUUCUCUGGGACCCAAUCGUUGACGGCUACGUUAUCGGGUUGCCCCAUGGCCCCAACGAUGUGGCCAUCCAGGGCUACGACCUGGAUUACGCCCUGCACCCUCGCACCCACUACCGCGCCAACAAGCUCAGGCGCGGCGUCGACCACGAAAGCUACGCGUUCCAGCUCGCACUUGACAUGGGUGCGGCGCCGACAGCCACAUACAUGCUGAGGGUCCACGGACUGAAGGCAUUCUACACGUGGGCAAUGGGCCCCAACUUUAACACAAAGCUCCGUCUGAUUGGCCCGUGGGCUCGACCAGACCUGGCAAUGCCCAUCUUGACGGGGGAGCUGUACAGGGUCGUCAGGCGCACCGGAGGCUGGUACUUCUUCUUCACUCACACGGUGAUCCCAUUCGUCCUCUUUGGUUUCUUGAGCCUACUCCUCCGGAUCUCGGAUAUGUUUAGGUGAUGGUGGGCAUCGGCUAGAAGUGGGGACAGGGCAGGCGGAUUUUCGAAGGACAUGGACGAUUACGCCAGCUUGUGACUUGGGAAUUCUUGGGGGGGUCUAUAUUGUUAGAUGGGUAGGGAGUGUAUCAGGGCUGGCUGGGGGAAGAACUGGGUGUAUCUAAUACUGCCGUGAAUUUUAUUCGUAG